CUCACUCGUAAAUCUCUGAAGUCUGCAUCGGUUUCCGAGCCAGAAGUUGGGUCACAAAAGACUCGGAACUAGUAGCUCAACGACAAACAAAGGUUGGUUGAGUUAGGAACGGAGACCAUGGACUUGGAAUCAAUGGCGUCGGCAAUCGGCGUCUCGGUGCCGGUGCUCCGAUUUCUCCUUUGUUUCGUGGCAACAAUACCCGUCAGCUUCCUCUGGCGUCUCGUCCCCUGCGGACCACCUGUCAAGCACCUCUACGCCUCAUUGUCCGGUGUUAUUCUCUCCUAUCUCUCAUUUGGGUUCUCCUCUAAUCUACAUUUUUUGGUCCCCAUGCUCUUGGGUUACGCUUCAAUGGUGUUGUGUCGUCGGUAUUGUGGGAUCAUCACCUUCUUCUUGGGAUUUGGGUACCUCAUAGGAUGCCAUGUAUACUACAUGAGUGGGGAUGCAUGGAAAGAAGGAGGUAUUGACGCCACUGGAGCGUUGAUGGUGAUAUCAUUGAAAGUCAUUUCAUGUGUGCUAAAUUACAAUGAUGGAAUAUUGAAAGAGGAGAAUCUGCGUGAGACACAAAAGAAAAAUCGGUUGCUUAAGUUGCCAUCAUUGACUGAGUACUUUGGCUACUGCCUCUGUUGUGGAAGUCACUUUGCUGGUCCAGUUUAUGAAAUGAAGGAUUAUCUUGACUGGACUGAAGAGAAAGGGAUUUGGAAGCCUUCUGAGAAGGGACCAUCACCAUCACCAUCACCUUAUGGGGCAACAAUUAGAGCUCUUCUCCAAGCUGCUAUUUGUAUGGGUUUGUAUUUGUACCUGGUGCCCCAUUUCCCGCUGUCUCGGUUUACUGAUCCCCUAUAUCAAGAAUGGGGGUUCUGGAAACGGUUGUGGUACCAGUACAUGUCUGGCUUUAGUGCACGUUGGAAAUAUUACUUCAUCUGGUCAAUCUCAGAGGCUUCUAUCAUUAUUUCCGGCCUGGGUUUUAGUGGUUGGACAGAUUCUUCUCCACCCAAAGCACGAUGGGAGCGUGCAAAAAAUGUUGACGUUUUGGGUGUUGAGUUGGCAAAGAGUUCAGUUGAAUUACCGCUUAUGUGGAACAUACAAGUCAGCACUUGGCUACGCCACUAUGUUUAUGAGAGGCUCAUUCAGAAGGGAAAGAAACCUGGUUUCUUUCAGUUGCUGGCUACACAGACUGUCAGUGCAGUCUGGCAUGGAUUAUAUCCUGGGUACAUCAUAUUCUUUGUACAGUCUGCUUUGAUGAUUGCUGGUUCAAGAGUCAUUUACAGGUGGCAGCAAGGUACUACUAUGCCUUUGAUCAAGAAGUCACUGGUGUUUAUGAACUUUGCUUACACGCUUCUGGUUCUGAACUAUUCCUGUGUUGGUUUCCUGGUAUUAAGCCUGCAUGAAACACUUGCUGCGUACGGGAGUGUAUAUUACAUUGGAACCAUUGUUCCCAUAGCACUUUUUUUCCUUGGUAACAUAAUUAAACCGGCGAAACCAGCCAGAUCUAAAGUUCGAAAAGACCAGUGAGGUACAAACCACCUUUUCAGAUUCCUUUUGGUAUGUAUGGAAUUGGGAUUGCCAUUGCCACAUCGAUCCUGCUUAUACUUGGAAACCGAGGAAGAGUGCUGCUUUCUGCUGCAUUGCCUUGCUUCGUGAUAACUUGUAACAUUUGUUUUGGUCUUUGAAAUUAUUUAGGCUGCCCACCUUUUAAUCAUUGGCAUUGUUUCAAUUCAGUCAACUUGGUUACCAGUUUGGCAAUCUUGUAGUGGAACUGUAUGAUUACUGAGAGAUGUCUUUUUGGUUUUUGGUUAGACAAUACAUAGUUGCUCCCCCCUCUCUUUUUUCUUUUUCCUCCUUCCCCUUCAAAAAAUAAAUACCCCGUAAGAUGGUGAUUCUUUGUAGGAGUGAAGUGCAGGUCCAAGAGUAGGCUCCCCCUUCCUGUUGUUGUUGGAGAGAGAAGUUAGAACAUCUGCUAUUUUGGUCUUCGGCUGUGGUGCUAGUGUAAUGGGUGAGAUGAGAAGUAAGAUUCACUUGGGUGUGCCUUCCCUCCCAAAUUAAACUGACGUUAGUAGUUUUUUGCAAUCAAAAUUCAGAAAAUUUUCG